GCCGCCUUUUUGAAAUCCGUUCGGAAACUUUCCCCGCCAAAUUCCAAAUCACUUCAUAGGCUACCUUUUUGUUUAUGAAUGAGAACUUGUAAGCUACCAAAGGUAACUUGAAUAGUUAAUUAUUAUUUUGAAAUGACAUGAAUGGGAAGAGACUUAAGACCCAUGAUAUUUCUGAAGAAAGACAAAGAACGCCAGAAAGUUUGUUGUCACAGUGCAUACAUUAUGUAGCAGACAAUCUGUGUGAGGUUGAUUCUUUUUAUGGAUUGCCAGAUUUGAUAGCAGAACAGAUAUUCAGAAAAGCAGAAUCCUUAGACAAGUUUGAUUUAGAUGACAAAAACAGCUUUCAUGCACUUUCAGUAUUUACUACUGUAUAUGAGGACCUUAUUAUUUCAAGUUUAAAUCUCAGUAACCAAUACCUUGGAGUUAAUUUCUGUCAGGAUCGUUUAAAUUUGUUGACGUCCCUUAGAGAAAUAGAUUUGACUGGUUGUAAAUUAGGAGAUGAACAUGAUUUCUUGAAUGAUUUGGGACAACUUCAGAGGUUAGAGAUAUUGUGUCUGAGUGACAACAGUUUAUCUGAUAAAGGGAUCCAGAGAUUGACUUGUCCUUACAGAGUGUGUGGCCAGGGACCAGCAGGGUUGACUAAGCUGGAUGUAUCUGAUAACUGGGAGGUUACAGGAAAAGUUUUCAAGUAUUUAAAUCCAUUUUCUAAAUUGACAGAAAUUGAUGUCACUUCCACACAGGUGAAAGGGAAUCCAGAGCUUCUUAAAACCUGGAAAUUUAAGCCAGUAAAAGAUGAUGGUACCUUGAAGAAAAUAUUCAAUGAAGGUUGGGCUUCAGAUGUGGUUCAGAAAUGGAUGAAAACAGCUGUUUAUAAGGCAACUUGUGUAAAAGUGAAGAAGGAACUUACAAAGACACAACACUUCUAUUCAAAGAAGAGAAAAAGAAGUACUGAAGACAAAUUGAUUGUCACUGAGUCAAAAGAUAUCAGAACGGUAUCUGGAUACAGACUGCAUCUGACCAGACAAGAAAUAUCAAGUGUAGAAGUUCCUGACGACAGUAAACAAACAGAUUGUAGUGAUGUACAUAAACAUUCCAAAAACAAAUUAAAACAACAAAAACAGUUAAAUAAUAACAGUGAUGAUAUUGACCAUUCAGACACUGAUUUGCUUAGUAUGUAUGGAAACCCAGCUCAUGCAACAAAAAAUGACCAAAAGAUGACUCUCGAGUCUGCCCUGAAAUCUAGGGCUUGGUAAAACUCAACAAAUUAUAUUAAUUGCAAUAGAACUGAGUGGAAGAGUAUUUGUAAAACUAAUUUAAUUAAUAAAUAUUUAUAAAUUU